GGAUCGACAGUGACGGGUGGAUAUUGCCAGAACGUAGACUCUGAAGCUCUGGGAUGAGUCAGGCUGGUGCGCACCGGACGCGGGUUGGCGGGUUUUGGGCGGGCUUAGGGACGGGAUGCGAUGCUGUGGUGGCCAAAAGUUAUACCAGGUCUGUUUUGCGAAAGGAAAACGGCAGAGCGAGCGGGAGACGACGUAGAAAUAGAUCAGCGGCGGGAUGAGAGGUCGAGAGCGGGGAAUUUGAUGGUUGAUCCACAGGUCCCAAGGUGGGAUGCAGGGUUGCAGCGAUGAGCGGUCGUUCGAGUUCGAAGGGGGCCAAGUUGGCUUCGUACGUAAGGUGCAGCCGUUGUUUGCUACUGUCUGGCGUUAACAGGCUGCAACAUAGGCAGUUCGUCUCGAGAAGGCUGGAGCAGAUCGGCAGCAACGGGAUGUGCGGAGUCGGCGACGGCGACGGCAGCGGCGACGAUGAGAGGCCGACUGACAAAGGCGCGGGGAAAGAUGAGGGGACUCAAGAAAUGAAUUUCGGCGAAAGGCGAGAGCGGAGCGCACAGGCAGAGGCGAAGCGAGGAUGCUUAGCAAAGGGCGGAGGGGGGGGAGCAGUGUUAGUAAAUGCAGUGCGAUGCUGGCUGGGGUGGGCCUUGAGUGGGAUUAUUUCCCUUCUUUGGCUUUUUCCCACUUGGGUGGGGGGUGCUUUUUUAUUUGAAUUUUUUUAUUCCUUCGUCGCCUUGUCGGCAAUCCUAAAGCGACCCAGAUUGGAGAUGGUGCCGGGAGAGCAAAAUGAUAUUGGCGAUUAAUAGGUGUUCGGCGAGGUGGAAUCGAUCACCAAGGAUGUUGCUGCUUGUCCUU